AUGUCAAGGUUCUUUCAAGCAGGGUCAGAUAGUGAAAGUGAAUCUGAGUCAAGUGAUGAUGGAAUUCAGGAUUCUCGCCCUGUGGCUCCAUCUAGAGCCAUACAGUUCAGUGACGAUGAAGAGGACACAAAGCGGGUUGUCAGGAGUGAGAAGGACAAACGAUAUGAAGAGAUUAACGGAAUCAUCAAACAGCUUAAGAACCACAAGAAGAUUAAAGACAUGGCAAAUGUUCUAACAGACUUUGAGAGUUUGACAAGAGCUUUUGAGAAGGCCAGAAAAGUUAUUGACAAGGAAGGUGUGCCAAGGUUCUACAUUAGAACUCUUGUGGAAUUGGAGGAUUUCAUCAACGAGUGCUGGGAAGACAAAGACUGGCGAAAGACAAUCAGCAAAAACAAUUCUAAAGGCUUGUCUACAGUACGCCAGAAAAUCAAGAAGUAUAACAGAGAUUUUGAAACAGAAAUUACAAACUACAGAGAGAAUCCAGAUGCUGGUGAUGAGGUCGUUGAAGAUGGAGAAGAUAAAGGUAUGAUCCAUUAUGAGGCUGCUGAUGAAAGUGAUGAAGAGAUUGUUGUGCCCAAACCAGCUCCAAAAGUAGCUGAAGCAAAAGCAUCCAAAUUUGCUAAAUCUGUAAGUUUAACAACUGAACAAGAGUCUCAGCGACGUGUGCAGAGAAUUAAAGACAAGAAAUUCAAAACAGAAAAGGAUGACAAGAAAAAAGAUGAAGAAGAAGAGUGGCAAGAAGUUAAUAGAGGGGUGCCUAUUCAAGUUAUUGCAGAAAAGCCGAAGAUGUUUGCCAAAGAUCAGGAGAUCACCAUUGAUGCAGUUGUAAAGAAGCUGAAUGAAAUUGCUGCCAUGAGAGGCAAGAAAGGAACAGACCGAUCCAUGAUGAUUGAAAUGCUGCAGGAGUUGAAACAGAUUUCUGAAGCACAUAAUCUUGGAGCCGCUGUGUCUGUCAAGAUCUGUUUCAACAUCAUGGCUGCUAUCUAUGACUACAACCCCAACAUUGCUACCUGCAUGAAGAGUGACAUGUGGGAGAAAUCCUGUCUGCCUACUAUACAAGAGCUGCUGAACACACUGUUGGAGAACAGUGAUAUCGUUGUUGGAGCUAACAUCUUGGAAGAGAGUGAGCAGCUAGAUAAAGCUCCUUACCGUGUCCGAGGCUGUAUUCUCACCAUGGUUGAGCGCCUGGAUCAGGAGUUUACUAAAAUGUUACAGGCUUGUGAUGCUCACAGCACAGAGUUUGUAGAAAGACUGAAGGAUGAGCAGACGCUGUGUGAUAUCAUUUGCAAGCUGGAGAAAUACCUGGAGACCUAUGGCAGCAGUGAAGAACUCUGUUGCAUCUAUUUGAGACAUAUAGAUCAUCUCUACUACAAGUUUGACCCGUCUGCAUUUGAUGAGAAGCAAGAUAAUAAUAGUUCUGCAGCAGUUAUGGACCGCUUGUGUAAAUUCAUCUAUGCCAAAGACAGCACAGACAGACUGAGAACACGGGCCAUGCUGUGCCACAUUUACCACCAUGCGCUGCAUGACCGCUGGUACCAGGCCAGGGACCUGAUGCUUAUGUCCCACCUCCAGGACAACAUUCAACAUUCAGAUGUGUCCACACAGAUUCUGUAUAACCGGACUUUGGUUCAGCUGGGCUUGUGUGGAUUCAGGCAGGGUCACAUUAGAGAUGCCCACAAUGCCCUCGUUGAUAUACAGAGCAGUAACAGGGCCAAGGAGCUGUUGGCACAGGGUCUAGUCCCCCAGAGGCAGUAUGAGCGCACUCCUGAGCAGGAGAAAAUUGAGAAGCGUCGGCUGCUGCCCUAUCACAAGCACAUUAACUUGGAGCUACUGGAGUGUGUUUAUUUGGUGUCUGCUAUGCUGAUAGAGAUCCCUUACAUGGCCGCCCAUGAGAUGGAUGUCCGCAAAAGAAUGAUUAGCAAGAACUUUCAUCACGUGCUCAAGAUGAGCGAUAGGCAAACCCUGACUGGGCCUCCAGAGAGCAUGAGGGAACAUGUUGUGGCUGCAAGUAAAGCUAUGAGAAACGGGGACUGGAGGAAGUGUCGAGAUUACAUCAUCAAUGAGAAGAUGAAUGCAAAGGUUUGGGACCUGUUUUACCAAGCGGACAAAGUCAGGGAUAUGAUUAGUGCCAAGAUUCAAGAGGAGUCGCUGCGGACAUACCUCUUCCGCUACUCCUCACUAUAUGACUCAAUCAGCAUCGACAGCCUGGUGACCAUGUUUCAGAUUGACAAAACCCUGGCACAUGCCACCAUCAGCAAGAUGAUCAUUAAUGAAGAGCUCAUGGCCUCCUUGGACGAACCAACCCAGAUUGUUGUCAUGCACCGAACAGAGCCCACCCGUCUGCAGUCACUUGCCUUGCAACUUGCUGAAAAGGUUGGCUCUCUCGUUGAUAACAAUGAACGCAUCAUUGAAAUCAAGCAAGGAAAUUUCUUCUUCAACAAAGGCA